UCUGCAGCUGCUCGGGCUGCACCUCAAUGAACCUAAUUGGUGCGCUGUGAGCGACCAUCCUCACCACAUCCACUGGAUUUUCCUCAUCGUGCCCGGCUCCCCAUCCAGAACUCAGCCUCCUAUAUGAAUGUGCCCAGGCAGACGCUUUUUAAGGAGUUGAACAGAUCAUAGGUCGGAGGAAAAGAAAAUGGCACAGCGCGUGGUUUGGUUUCUGCUGUGGCUCUGUGACAGAUCGCUCGCAGGGUUCCCCAAUCAAAUUAAUAUCGGGGGACUGUUCAUGCGCUCCACGGUGCAGGAGCACAGCGCGUUCAGGUUCGCUGUCCAACUCUACAACACCAACCAAAACACCACUGAGAAGCCUUUCCACCUCAACUACAACGUGGACAACCUCGAGUCCUCCAACAGCUUCUCGGUCACCCACGCGUUUUGCUCCCAGUUCUCCCGCGGGGUGUACGCCAUCUUCGGAUUCUACGACAAGAAGUCCAUGAACACCUUGACCUCCUUCUGCGGCGCCCUGCACACCUCCUUCGUCACGCCCAGUUACCCCACCGAUAAUGAGGUGCAGUUUGUCAUCCAGAUGCGCCCCGCCCUCCGGGGCGCCGUCCUCAGCCUGCUCUCUCACUACAAGUGGCAGAAGUUUGUCUACCUCUACGACACUGACCGAGGCUUCUCCAUACUGCAGGCCAUCAUGGAGGCAGCGGUGGCCAACAACUGGCAGGUGACGGCUCGCUCGGUCAGCAGCACAACGGACGCGGCCGAGUUCAAGCGCAUCAUUGAGGAGAUGGACAGGAGACAGGAGAAGCGCUUUGUGAUCGACUGCGAGGUGUCCAGGAUCAACACCAUCUUAGAGCAGGUUGUGACCCUGGGGAAGAACAGCCGUGGUUACCACUACAUUCUGGCCAAUCUUGGGUUUACUAACGUGACCCUGGACAAAGUCUUCGCUGGUGGAGCCAACAUUUCAGGGUUUCAGAUUGUCAACCCUGAGAACCCGAUCGUGCAGCAGUUCAUGCAGCGCUGGGAGCGGCUGGAUGAAAGAGAAUUCCCAGAAGCCAGAAACACUCCUCUGAAGUACACUUCAGCACUGACCCAUGAUGCCAUCCUGGUGAUAGCUGAGGCAUUCCGGUACCUGCGGCGCCAACGUGUGGAUGUCUCUCGCCGGGGCAGUGCUGGAGACUGUCUUGCCAAUCCCGCUGUACCUUGGAGCCAAGGCAUCGACAUCGAGAGGGCUCUCAAAACGGUCCAAGUGCACGGUAUGACCGGGAACAUCCAGUUCGACAACUACGGCCGCAGGACCAACUACACCAUAGAUGUUUAUGAGAUGAAAACAGGCGGGCCGAGGAAGAUCGGGUACUGGAACGAGUUCACGCGAUUUGUAAAUAUUAUGGACCCGCAGGUCUCCAACGACUCCUCAGUGGAAAACCGAACCAUUGUGGUCACUACUAUUAUGGAAGCUCCUUAUGUGAUGUACAAGAAAAAUUAUAAUCACCUGGAGGGGAAUGACAGAUAUGAAGGCUACUGCGUCGAUUUAGCAUCUGAGAUUGCCAAACAUGUUGGAAUUAAGUACAAACUGUCUAUAGUAAUGGAUGGGAAGUACGGAGCCCGAGACCCCGAGACCAAGACGUGGAACGGGAUGGUGGGCGAACUGGUCUAUGGGAGAGCAGAUAUAGCUGUUGCACCUCUCACCAUUACUCUGGUUCGAGAGGAGAUGAUAGACUUUUCCAAGCCCUUUAUGAGCUUGGGCAUCUCCAUUAUGAUAAAGAAGCCCCAAAAGUCCAAGCCUGGUGUUUUCUCCUUCCUGGACCCGCUGGCCUAUGAGAUCUGGAUGUGUAUAGUGUUUGCCUAUAUUGGGGUGAGCGUGGUCCUGUUCCUGGUCAGUCGGUUCAGUCCUUAUGAGUGGAACCUGGAGGAACAGGACGAGACCAAAGACCCUCAGACUCCCCCUGAUCCUCCCAAUGACUUUGGCAUCUUCAAUUCCCUCUGGUUCUCACUGGGCGCCUUCAUGCAGCAGGGCUGUGACAUCUCACCCAGGUCUCUGUCGGGCCGUAUCGUUGGUGGUGUGUGGUGGUUCUUCACCCUCAUCAUCAUCUCCUCUUACACAGCCAACCUGGCUGCUUUCUUGACAGUGGAGAGGAUGGUCUCUCCCAUAGAAAGUGCAGAGGAUCUGGCCAAGCAGACAGAGAUAGCAUAUGGCACUCUAGACUCAGGCUCCACAAAAGAGUUUUUUAGGCGAUCCAAAAUAGCAGUGUAUGAGAAGAUGUGGUCAUACAUGAAAUCCGCUGAGCCCUCAGUGUUUGUUAAGACCACGCCCGAUGGCGUAGCCCGGGUACGAAAGUCAAAAGGCAAGUUCGCCUUUCUCCUCGAGUCCACCAUGAACGAGUACAUCGAGCAGCGGAAGCCAUGUGACACCAUGAAAGUGGGCGGGAACCUCGACUCGAAAGGCUACGGUGUGGCGACCCCCAAAGGCUCAGCAUUAAGAAAUGCUGUUAACCUGGCAGUUUUAAAACUGAAUGAGCAAGGCCUCUUGGACAAAUUGAAAAACAAAUGGUGGUACGACAAGGGAGAGUGCGGCAGCGGGGGAGGUGACUCCAAGGACAAGACAAGUGCUCUCAGUCUAAGCAAUGUGGCUGGUGUCUUCUAUAUUCUGGUCGGAGGGCUGGGGCUGGCCAUGAUGGUGGCUCUGAUAGAGUUCUGUUAUAAAUCACGGCAAGAAACCAAACGGCUGAAAUUGGCCAAGAAUGCCCAGAAUUUUAAGCCGGCUCCCCCGACCAACACCCAGAACUUUGCCACAUACAGAGAAGGCUACAACGUGUACGGAACCGAGAGCGUUAAGAUCUAGAGGUUUAGGAAACAUUUGCAUUACCCCACACAACUGUGACUGAACACCUACAGUAACUAAGAACUGGAUCGCGGAGGGGUUUUGAGCUCCAAACCAAAUCCUCCUGCGCGUACAACGGCACGAUAAUCUGCAAUGACGACACGACUGGACUGGUCACGUGAAGAGCCGACGCGGUUCCCCUCCUCUCUGUGCCUUAUGGAACUCCGAGUCCAAUCAAUGCAACUCAUUCACAAUGAUAUUGCUUUUUUGCUUGAAACUCAUAAAAAACAAGAAGAAUGGUGAUGAAAAAAUAAAGAGUAUAUAUAGAUAUAUAGAUAUAUAUAUAUCUAUAUAUAUAUAUUCACAAUAAAUUUGACAUUUUAAAGUGAAUGAGAGAACUAAAGCCAUCAUUUGCAACCCUAAGCACAUUUCGAAGUGCCAGACAGAAGACAAAUCUUAUACGACAAGUGUCUAAUUGGUUUCCUGUAGUCAAUAUGAUCAGAUUACUCCUCAUUAUUCUGAGAUUUUCACUGGUCAUAUGUGUUCCGAUAAGUUUCUGAGAUCUCCUCAGUGCACUGUAAGUCACUGGUUACCAGACAAUAGCUUUUAUACUGCUGUAUUAGUCACUGACGACGACAUCGUACCUGUGUUUAAAAUGACAGAUUGAUCCUUAUUGGAGUGAAAAUGCCAUCCAGCCCAAAACAACGAUGAGUGCGGGGGGGUUUUGUACUCUUAACUCUGGUGCUGCUGCCACUGUCUUCUGAACGUUUUGACGGGACUCAGGAAGAUGAGAAGAUGAUCUGGUUCGGUUCUGAAGCACUACAGAACCAGGUCAUGAUUCACACUUCCAAUACUGCCAAGAGUGUGUUUUGUAUGACAAGAAAAAGUGUAAAAAGAAAUGUAUUCAUGCUUGGUUAUAGAGAAAAAAUUACUAAUUACUAAUUAGUUUAAUCCACAGUUUGUAUAAUAUCAGCGGAGCACUGACUCACCUAGGGUUUCCCUGAAGUCAUUCAAAGUCUUCUGUAUAUGAAAGUAAAACCAAACAAAAAGGGUAAUUCAACUGUAGAUUUAACUGCAAUCCAAUGAAAGGAUAACAGUAAUGGCUUUUAAACUGUAGUAUUUUUGGAUUACCUUACCGUCUUUUCUUUUACAAUCGCACAUUUUUACGAUAAGCUGUGGUUUUGCUUUUAAAUUUGAUUUCCUUUCAUGAGCAUUACAAGUGUUUGGUGACUUCACUUAGUAAAAUGAAAAAUAUAUGAAUCCAAGGGAAAAUAGAUUUAUACAAGGUUGUACCAGGGAAAGUCCUGACGCUUAGCACAUUUCCCUAUUGCUGUAAUAAUUUCAUCUCUCUCAAAAAGACUGUGAUUCCAUGAGGUUUGGGAGGUUACUUAUGUAAUCAACCUGAAACUAUGGACAGAUAGUUUUAUACAAAAAGAAGGAAAAGACAUGAGAAGAAAAACAUAAAAAUAAGUUUAAAAAUGUGUACAUUUAGAUAAAUGAGAAUUAUUUAUAUUACAUGAUGAAAGAUUGUUUUUUGUUUUGUUUUUUGUUUUCUAAGAAAUUGCAUGUGAAAUCAGUGAUGCUUGACGAGCUCUGCUACUCACCAACUGACCUUAGGUUGACGUUGGAAAAUCCAGUCCUGUUUCUUUCUUUUGUAAAUGAGUUUCACCCUCUUCUUUAUUUCAUUUCUUUCUUUUUUCCUACACCUCACCUUCUGCAAAAAUAAAAGACGCCAGGCAUAGUAGUGGGUACAAAGAGUAAGAGAUGCAUGCAUAAUUUGCUGAACCUCAUUAGUGAGGCGCUGUACAGACAAUUUUAAUACAUUUUGUAAAUAAAAUGUACAG